GCCUUUUAUACAACCUCGAUGAGAGUGGUGUGCAUUUUUGCACACGACAUAAUUAUCGUGAAAAUUAAUCUUGAUAAUUUGGAACCCCUCUACAGGCAAUUACAUCAUUGUAUAGCUUUAUCGUCACACAUAAAUACAUAAACUAACGACCACCAUUAUAUCGUCAGUUCUCGUUAGCCGGCCGUGGCGGACACAUAACCCUUUGUGGUCAAUAUAGUGAAGUGAAAAGUGAAUAUUUUCGGAAUCUCUGUGAUUUACCAUAAAAUACUAUCAAGAUGUCUUCCCACAAUUUCAUAGUAGCUCCUCCAAGGAUUGAAGACAGAGAGGUUGUGAAGCCGCUGCUAUGUGGACCGGGACCAUGUGACUACUGGCCUUCCGUGGAGAAGGCACUCAGCAAGCCUGUUCUCUCUCCGAUCUGCGAAGAAUUGUUCAAAGUCUUAGAAGACAUUCGUGUUGGCUUGCAGUACGCGUUUCAAACUCGUAGCAAGCUAGUGAUGGCCACGAGUGGGUCUGGCCACUCCGGCAUGGAAGCCAUUAUCAGCAACCUAGUGGGACCUGGCGAAACAUUGCUUAUCGCUUCCAGGGGCAUAUGGGAUCAACGCGCACUCAUGAUAGCCACUAGAUACGGCAUAAAAACCAAAGUGGUGAGUAUCCCAAUGGACACUACCUUCAGUCUUGCACAACUGGAGCCUGAACUGAAGAGGAUACGUCCAGCUGGCCUCUUCAUAACACAUGGAGACUCCUCAACUGGAACACUACAGAGUCUUGAGGGUUUAGGCGACCUUUGUCACAAAUACGGGACACUACUCCUGGUCGACACCGUAGUCUCGCUUGGAGGAGUUCCAUUCUUCAUGGACGAGUGGGGAGUCGAUGGCGUAUACACUUCCACACAGAAGGUGUUCAGCGGACCUGCUGGCAUCUCUCCUGUAGCAUUCAGCGCUCGUGCUGAACAAAAAAUGAAUAGCAGAAAGCACAAUCCUCCUUUCUACCUGGACGCCAAGCAGUUAGCUCUGCAGUGGAGCUGUGAUGGAGUCACAAGAACAUACCACCACACGCUAAGUUCACCAUUGCUGUGGGCCCUCCGAGCAUGUCUCCAAGAGCUGGUGAGAGAAACCCUACCAGUAUCCUGGGCUCGUCACGCCGCCAGUACUGCACACUUCCACAAACGUCUUCGGGAGUACUCCUUCGAGUUCCUCAUCCCGAAGCCAGAAGACCGCCUGGCAACUGUCACAACUGUGAAGCUGCCGAAAGGAUACGACUAUCGAGGAUUCGUCAAAUAUAUGAGGGAGAACCACAAUAUCCUAAUCUUCGCUGGACUAGGACCGACAGUAGACAAGGCACUUCGCAUUGGCAUCAUGGGCGUCAACUCCACAACGAAAGUCGCUGAUGCAGUAGCUGACGCCAUGGCUGAUACCCUUCGAGCUCUCAAGAAAUCUUCUCUUUAAGUUAAUAAAUUAAAUCAAAAACACAAUUUGCCUUUUGACAAGGUAACAAAUAUCAAUAAAACAAAAAUAAUUAAUAUUGUAAUUUUAUAAA